GCGUUCAGCACUCCUUAAACUUUUCAUCUCUACCACUCAACUGCUUUACAAUGAAUGCUUCAGGCCUGAGGUGGCGGCCUUCCCUCUGUUUCCCCAAAAUGAACACUGUGUUUGAUUGAAUGCCUUCAAAUGUCUUCCCUUUGACCUGUGUUAAGUUUGAGUUUUGUUUACGAAUAAUCCAAUGGUUUAUUUUAUUUUACUAUAUUUUCCUUUAUCGGUAAAUAGACAUUUUUGAGGGGACGAUCCAAAAGGAACUGUGUUGAAAUGGGCAACUCCAGGAUCUGAAGUUAUAGAGCGGGCACGUUAUCAGUUACAACCGCUGAGACAAUGUGCCUAGGACUGUGAGACGUCUAGGGGUCACUUAACAUGUAGCUAAUCCAAACAAAUGUAUUUCCCAAAAAAGUCACUUGGAGGAAGUAAAAAUAGCGAAUUUGGAGCACACCAAGAAUUUUUAAAUGACAUCACCGUGGGGGAAAAAACCAGCGCCACAAAUAUUUUUUCCCAAACCAUCUGAUAUUUAUAAAUGGACAAUUUUCCCUAAAAUUGUUGUGUUAGUGGCACACAGAGAAACUUCUGGAGGGACACUCAGGAGAGUCUUACAGUUACGGCUUCAACAGAGAAGGACCCAGGAGCAGCUGGCUAACCAAGGCUUAACACCACCACUGAAAGGUCCAACUGAAUUCCAUGACCCGAGAAAACAAUUGGAUAGUGCCAAGACUGAAGAUUCCCUGAGGCGCAAGGGCAGAAACAGGUCCGACCGUGCCAGCCUGGUUAAUAUGCACAUUCUCCAAGCCUCCACGGCAGAAAGGUCCAUUCCAACUGCUCAGAUGAAGCUCAAAAGAGCCCGCCUUGCAGAUGACCUCAAUGUGAAGAUUGCUCUCCGCCCAGGGCCCUUGGAACUGGUGGAGAAGAACAUUCUGCCUAUGGAUUCUUCCGUGAAAGAGGCUAUAAAAGGUACUGAGGUGAGCCUCUCCAAAGCAGCAGAUGCAUUCGCCUUUGAGGAUGACAGUAGUAGAGAUGGGCUCUCUCCAGAUCAGGCUCGGAGCGAGGACCCCCAGGGCUCUACAGGAUCCACCCCAGACAUCAAAUCCACUGAGGCUCCUCUGGCUGGUCCUCUGGACACAAUCCAGGAUCUCACUCCUGGCUCAGAAAGUGACAAGAAUGAUGCAGCCUCCCAGACAGGCAACCAGCCGGACUCUGGGAAGCAGGUUCUCGGCCCCCUCAGCACCCCGAUUCCUGUGCACACUGCUGUAAAGUCCAAGUCUUUGGGUGACAGUAAGAACCGUCACAAAAAGCCCAAAGACCCCAAACCAAAGGUGAAAAAGCUCAAAUACCAUCAGUACAUCCCCCCAGACCAGAAGGCAGAGAAGUCUCCCCCACCCAUGGACUCUGCCUAUGCUCGGCUCCUCCAGCAACAGCAGCUAUUCCUGCAGCUACAGAUCCUCAGCCAGCAGCAGCAACAGCAGCAGCAACAGCAGCAACAGCAGCAGCAGCAGCAGCGGUUCAGCUACCCUGGGAUGCACCAAACACACCUCAAAGAACCAAAUGAACAGAUGGCCAGAAAUCCGAAUCCUUCCUCAACACCACUGAGCAAUACCCCUCUUUCCCCUGUCAAAAAUAGCAUUUCUGGACAAACUGGUGUUUCUUCUCUCAAGCCAGGCCCCCUCCCACCCAACCUGGAUGAUCUCAAGGUGUCAGAGUUAAGACAACAGCUUCGAAUCCGGGGCUUGCCAGUGUCAGGCACCAAGACGGCGCUGGUGGACCGGCUUCGUCCCUUCCAGGACUGUGCUGGCAACCCUGUGCCCAACUUUGGGGACAUCACAACUGUCACCUUUCCUGUCACGCCCAACACCUUGCCCAGUUAUCAGUCCUCCCCGACAGGCUUCUACCACUUUGGCAGCACAAGCUCCAGCCCCCCUAUCUCCCCUGCCUCAUCUGACUUGUCCGCUGCAGGGUCCCUGCCAGACACCUUCACCGAUGCGUCACCUGGCUUCGGCCUGCACGCAUCUCCGGUGCCCGCCUGCACGGACGAGAGUCUGCUGAGCAGCCUGAAUGGGGGCUCGGGCCCCUCCGAGCCUGACGGGCUAGACUCUGAGAAGGACAAGAUGCUGGUGGAGAAGCAGAAAGUGAUCAACCAGCUCACCUGGAAGCUGCGGCAAGAGCAGCGGCAGGUGGAAGAGCUGAGAAUGCAACUGCAGAAGCAGAAGAGCAGCUGCAGCGACCAGAAGCCACUGCCCUUCUUGGCCACCACCAUCAAACAGGAAGAUGUCUCCAGCUGCCCCUUCGCAGCCCAGCAGGCGUCUGGGAAGGGACAGGGCCACAGCUCUGACAGUCCCCCUCCGGCUUGUGAGACCGCUCAGCUGCUGCCUCACUGUGUGGAGUCCUCAGGUCAAACCCAUGUACUCUCGUCCACGUUUCUCAGCCCCCAGUGCUCCCCUCAGCACUCGCCCCUGGGGGCCCUGAAGAGCCCACAGCACAUCAGCCUGCCUCCAUCACCCAACAACCAUUACUUCCUGGCUUCCUCGUCGGGAGCUCAGAGAGACAACCAUGGGGUCUCUUCACCCAGCAGCAGCCAAGGGUGCGCACAGAACUCAGGGGCACACGAAGGCCAUUCUUCUAGCUUCUCUACCCCAGCUUCCAGCCUCCAUCAGCCUUUCUCUGGUACCCAAGCAGACAGCAGUCACAGUGCUGGGCUCAACCCUUGUCCCAAAAGCCCAGGUAUUCAUCCAAAGAUGACUGGUUUACAAUCUUCUGACAAGGUGGGGCCAACGUUUUCAAUUCCAUCUCCAACUUUUUCUAAGUCAAGUUCAGCAGUUUCAGAGAUCACCCAGCCCCCAUCCUAUGAAGAUGCAGUGAAGCAGCAAAUGACUCGGAGUCAGCAGAUGGACGAACUCCUGGAUGUCCUCAUUGAAAGUGGAGAAAUGCCAGCUGAUGCCAGGGAAGAUCAUUCAUGUCUUCAGAAAAUUCCAAAGAUCCCUGGGCCUUCCUGCAGCCCAACUGCCAUCCCCCCGAAGCCCUCGGCUUCCUUUGAGCAGGCAUCUUCGGGAGGCCAGAUGGCCUUUGAUCACUACGCCAACGACAGUGACGAACACCUGGAAGUCUUAUUGAAUUCUCACAGCCCCAUCGGAAAGGUGAGCGAUGUUACCCUCCUCAAAAUCGGAAGCGAGGAGCCUCCUUUUGACAGCAUCAUGGAUGGCUUCCCAGGGAAGGCUGCGGAAGAUCUCUUCAGUGCUCACGAGCUCUUGCCUGGGCCCCUAUCCCCGAUGCAUGCACAGUUGUCACCUCCUUCCGUGGACAGCAGUGGUCUGCAGCUGAGCUUCACGGAAUCUCCUUGGGAAACAAUGGAAUGGCUGGACCUCACUCCACCUAGUUCCACGCCAGGCUUCAGCAACCUCACCUCCAGUGGGCCCAGCAUUUUCAACAUCGAUUUUCUGGAUGUUACAGAUCUCAAUCUGAAUUCCCCUAUGGAUCUCCACUUACAGCAGUGGUAAACACCCGAGGUACAAGAGCUACGAGAGCUCAGCGGGAAUUCCAAGGAGGAAAGCACACUACCAGAAAUGUGUGUUCCAAAAGAUGAAGGGGGGAAAAUGGGGAGGAAAAAAAAACAGCAAUGGAGGUUUUUGUGACAACUAACCAAAACAAACAGAAGUCAGCUAUUAAAAUAUGUCUAAUGUAAUAUCUACCAGCAUUCAGUAACUGUUAAUAACUUCAGCGAUGCAUUCAAAAAAUGUGCUUUGUCAGAAUAAGAAUGCCAAAAGUGUUUUUUCGCUGCCUUAUCUCAUACCAGUUUUGGGGGGGGUUAUUUUUGUUAUUUGGUUUUCUUUUUGCUCACAGUUUGUCUCAGGCAAUACUGGGACAGAGGCUGACCCCAUUAGCUUUUGUUAUGAAUUUACUAAAUGUUCUGUGGAAGGUGAACAGAGCCUCUGCCGGGGGUGCGGGAUAGCCAUCCUGUGCUUGAGGCAGCCUCCCGUGUGUUCAUCGUCUGUCAUUCAGAAGAUCAGGGCCUGUCUCACCCAAUAGAGUCCUUAAGACAGAAUAAUCAGAAAGGUCAGAGGGACAGACCAAUCAAUUCCCAGGAAAGCAAAAGCAACUCAAUGUCCCUCGACUCCCAAAUGGUCCCACUGGACUGGUGAUCACUGGCGACAACUAACUAGUUUUGUCCAGAGAAUCCACCCAGAACACGGUGCUUUUUAGCCAGUAGUCCAGUUUUUCUCUGCCACCUCUAUGUGCAUCAGCAAAGCAUAGCAGGUGAGAACUUGAACCACAGAAACUUCAUGCCAUGGAUGGAGACUCCUGAGGCUCUCAAAUACUACUACCUCUAGUUCCAGAGACUAGAGCUAGAUGAUCAGAAAGGCAACUGGAGGCCCAGGGAGCCGUACUGGGACAAGUUAGAAUUAGAGAACAAUGUCAUUUAACAUUCCGGGAAAGAAAGAACCAUGAAUUGCUAUUACAGGAGUAACACACAGGGCCAACUUCUUUUUCUUCUUUUUUUAUUUUUCUUUUCUUAUUGUAGGUAGAGGGAAUUCACCUCAGUUCAUCUUUCUCUCAGUACUUUUCUUUCAAGAUAUCAAUCCUUUAUGACUCUUUUGUUUUUAAUUCUCUCUCUCUCUCUCUCAAAGGAGAGGUUUCAGUUCUAACAAGCUACCAUACUCCCAUAAAAGCCAUUUUUUUAAGAACAUUAAAAGUCCAAAUUCUCUUGCCAAACUCUUUCUUCACAUGUGCAUUGGCUGAAAACAGAAUUUACAAGAAUUUCUUUAGGAAGAAACUGGGGAUGUGGCCCAUUGGUCACAAAGUUUUUUUGUUUUUGUUUUUGUUUUAAUUCUUGUUUGAUUUAUGGUCAAUCUUUGGUUUGUGUUGCUCUGGAGAAAUUGGAAAUCAUUACAGAGUGAAGAUAAAUCAGGGCGCCAUGUAUAGUAGAGAAUGUUUCAGUAGUUUUCCGAACGAGAACACAAUUGCGCACUGUAAACAACAGGAGCAUGAAGGACCACAGUCUUGAGGAGUUCUUGUUGCCCUGUGUUUGGUGAAGGCGUUGGGGACUGAGGAAGACAACACAGAUUGGCCAAGUCUCUCAGAGGCUUGCUGUGGCGCCAAUUCAAGUAUUACAAUGUUGCAUGCUGUAGAAAGUAGCUGUUGCUGUUGUUUUGUUUUGUUUUGUUUUAAUUUAAGUCACCAAGGCACUGUUUUAUUCUUUUGUAAAAAAAAAAAAAAAGUUCACUGUGCACUUAUAGAGAAAAUAAUCAACAAUGUUGUGAAUUUUUGAGAAGACUUUUUUUUUUUUUUUGAUAAACCAAAGAUUUAGAAAUCAUUCCAUUGUCAACUUGUAAAAAAAAAAAAGUUUGAACACUGAGUGUUUUUGGUGACUGCUCCUCUGGAAGCCACCAGAUCUUAGGAAGGAAACACAGAUGUGUACACACAUGUAGUUCUAUACAUGUGCGUAUGGAGUAUGUAUAUACACACAUACACAUAUGUGUACAACUAUGUGUGUGCGCACAUAUCUGAAAGGUGGCAUUCAGAGGGCCUCUGACCCUCAGUCCGCUGUGAAUGAUGCGUAGCCUUUUCUCACUAUGAGUUGCUGAUUGAUCAACCAGACUCCAUGUUGCCUCUCUGUAUAGGACUUAGGACUCCAACUCAAUGCUCACAGCCACGUGCUGCAGGGGAACAAGCUCCUCCUGACAAUGAGUAUGGAUUUGAGAGGACAAAGCCUGGCAAUGAGUUCGCAUGUGAUGGGACAGAGUGGCUUUACCAUCCCGUGGCUGCCAAGGCUAGGGCCUUCUCUUACAGAAGAGUCUAAAGGGAGUAUGAACUUUGUUCUGACAUUCCUUGAUCUGCAUUGUGCUUUAAAGGCUCUGUGUGAUACACUUUCCCUCGUGUUUGUAUGCAAUCAGAACCACAGAUCCAGAGAUAAAGCUUAGCAUGAAGAUGAAGCUGGGGGAGGAACCUUAUUGCCACAUUCCAAACACUGGUUUGACCUCCGAUGCUGAUGUUGCAUUUAAGUCUGGAUGAAGCUUCCUGCUCUGUACAUUUUUUUUUUUUUUUUUUAGGCUUUGGCUGAACCAUGUAUGUUAUCCCCUUCUUGCUUCUUUGGAAAACAAAUCCACACAGUGUCCUGCCUCUGAGACCCUCAUCUGAGUGCUGAUAAUUUUCCCUUUGGGUAUCCCUGUCUGGGAGAUUGGUUAGACAGCUCUGUUUUUUAGUUAGACUGUGGGGAACUUUUUAAAAUAGUAUUCAAACUGACACACACACACUUCACACUAGACGAAAGGGAAGAUGGCUCUGGUUUGCUAGUGCAAGCCAGUACAGCUAGAAUGGGUCCCUGGAUACUUGGCCUCAGCUUGCUCCUGCAAUCUCCCCAGGCCAUGUGCAUAUACCCUGUCUUCACAGCACAGGUAGCAGAUUGGAGAUAGCUGUGAGAAGAUUGAUGAAGACCGAUCAAAUACGUGCCUUCAGCUGUCUCCUAUUGUGGUUGUUAAGUUCUUUUUAUUAAUCAGUCAAGUCCUCUUGUGGUGACAAUGUGACAAGCUAAGAGGUGUGCAGAGAUGGUCACCCUUGGGUUUAGCAAUGUUUCUAGAGCCUCAAGUUACCACAUAGUUAGGAGGUCUGUAAUAUCCCCAUGGUAAGCUCAGUUUUGGCAGCCAUUCCUACUGUAGCUUCAGGACAACAGGUCCUUCUAGAUCUAAAGGAGCUAAAAUUCUCCCCAUGCAAGUUCUUCUAGUAAACUAGGGUUCAGUAAUUAUGCCUGUGUCCUAACAGUGUUAUCAAGACAAUGGGAUUGAGGGGGAAAAGUGAAGAAGAAAGGAGGAGAAGGAGGGAGGGAAGAGGAGGGAG